UUCAUAUCAAUACCUACUCUUCUCUCUCUUGUGUAUUUUCUUGCCAUUGGCGAAUACCAGCGACCGUUGGACGUCCAUUUUAGUUUCUCAUAUUCAACACCAGCGGACGCCCUGUUGCCAGCUGUUCCUCGGUUACUCAUUUAUCGGAUGUUUUGAGGGCUCGAUGAGCUCCAGCGAGUCCAUGGAGACGACUUUCGUAGAAUCAACGUUCGGAUGUUAGAGUUGCUUUUUCUUUUUUAUCGCUUUGUUGUUUUUGAUCGCUGCACGUACACGUGCGUUUUUCGGGGUUAUUGCGAUACAGCAGGAUGGACUUGAAGACGACGAUUGCGGUGUUGAGCCGGAAAGACACAAUUGAAAAGGCUCAGUCCUGGUCGAACAAAACCCCUGUGUUACCUACCGAGCUCUACAUAGUCCUCGAAAAUGGUCUCAAAAAUUCAGAAACAUACUCGAAAACCUGCCAGCAGUAUUUAACGGUGCUCAAAGGUCUCUCCUCAUUCAGAGACAUUGAUCGGAAAAUAUACUGGUACCUCUGGAAAUUGAUGUUGUACCUGGAGCAGUAUCAGGGGAUCGUCGAGUGCAAGAGUUAUUCUCUCUACGGACAGAAACUCCAAAAAUCAGUGAUAAGGAGAGGAGAGUUCGUCAUUUAUGUGCCUGGCUUGUCGGAGGACAGACCUUCCCUUCGAGUAAGGGAUAAGGUCGACAUCACUCCAGUGAAUGACAUGCAGCAGGUAGUUGGAGAGAUACAAUACGUGGGGCGAGAUUACAUCUCAGUUAGCGUGGACAAUAGGCUCGCUCAAAAAUUUACUCCUGAACAAUUGUAUAAUAUAUCUUUUCGUUGGUCGGACUGGGAGAUGUCCAAUCUUAAUUUUGUACUUGAUAAAAUGGAACAAUUCAAUCUCAUGCGCAUGGUAUUCCCGAUUGGCAGAGAAUACAAUAAUCAAAAGAUUGAGAAACUCUCCUGGGUGAACAAGACCAUCGAAGAUAAUCCAGAGCAGCAGCAGGCAAUUAUCAAUAUUCUCUCAAAAAAUUCCAAGCCAGAUCCAUACAUUCUCUUCGGCCCCCCAGGAACAGGGAAGACCUCAACCCUCAUCGAGGCAAUUCUUCAGAUUUACAAACGCGACUCCUCAACCCGAGUGCUCAUCUGCACACCCUCCAACUCAGCAGCAGACGAGAUUGCUCUAAAGUUGCUGCGCCAUACACCAGAGGUAAUCCCAGAGAACGCAUUAUACCGUCUGUACAGUGCCUCAAGGAGUAUCGACGACGUCCACGACUCGAUAAAAGGUGCCUCAAACCUCGCUUCGGAUGAGGCAGUUUUCCUCGCUAAAAGCGUCUUUCUUACAAAGAAAAUAGUUAUCGUAACCCUAUCGACUGCGAUGAGAGUCUACAACUACGAGCUGAAGGAGAAUCACUUUUCGUAUCUCUUUAUCGACGAGGCAGGCCAGGCAUCAGAGCCUCAGACCCUGAUCCCCCUUCUGACAAUGUGUGGUAACAAAGUACAGCUGAAUGAUUAUAUCCGUGGUCAAGUAAUAAUAGCUGGUGAUCCUAAGCAACUGGGACCAUGCUGCCAUUCUCGACUUGCUGAACCCAUCCUCUCCAAGUCGAUGCUGGAGAGACUCAUGUCCUGGGGACCUUACAAACAUUCGGAAACCGGUUACGACCCCAAUUACGUUACUAAACUCGUGAAGAAUUACAGAUGUCAUCCGGCGAUUCUCCAUAUCCCCAAUAAACUCUUCUACGAUGGAGAAUUGGUUGCCUGUGGUGGAAGUCACACGAGGCGCGCUGCUGAUUGGUUCUAUCUCCCCAAAAAGAACUUUCCUGUGAUAUUUCACGCUGUCAAAGGCGACGAAAUGAGAGAGAAGUACUCACCAAGUGUCUACAACCCCGCCGAGGUGCGCAUUAUUGUGAAUUACGUGAAAAAACUCAUUGGGAGUAAUCUGGGGGGCAGAGUCGUCGAGAAAAGUGAAAUUGGAAUCCUGACGCCUUACAAACUGCAGAAGGCGAAGAUCGUGGAGGCCCUCGAGGCGAAUGGCAUCAAGGAUCUGCCGGUGGGAACUGUGGAGAUAUUUCAGGGCCAGGAGAAAGAUAUAAUCAUCAUCUCUACUGUCAGGUCGGUUCUCUAUCGAGGCACAGGAGGUAAGAUUCAUAUUGGGUUUCUAUCAAAUCCUAAGAGAUUCAAUGUGGCUGUUACCAGGGCUAAGGCUCUGCUGAUUGUCGUUGGGAAUCCCAUGAUUCUUGAGCAUGAUGACUGCUGGAGGGAGUUCAUGCAGUAUUGCCUUGAGAAUGAGGCUUGGUAUGGCCCUAAACACCUGCUGGACAGGUUCGUCAGUCACAGUGAGAUCGUUAAACUCUUGUCGAAAAAGCACCACGUCACGCCCAGGUGGGAUCCCAACGCGAAUUUACGAGUUGUAGAAGAUGCCACUUCGGCGAGGCAUUACAAUUUCAAUGAUCAGGAGCGAGAUGAGAGAAGGAGGAGAAUACCUGUGGGUUGGGUUGAGAACAACUCUGAGGAUCAUUCUUCUGAGGAAACUGCAGAAUCGCAGAGAUCUCAAGAUACUCUCAAAUCAAGAGAGGAAUUGGAUUACUGGCCAGAGUUUUUCGAUCUGGAAGAAAGUGAUGAGGAGGAUAAUGACUGUCUAGAGAAGGAGGAAAAUUACAGCUCUCCGAAAAAUGAGGGGAACGAAAGGGCUUCCAAUGAAUCCGGCGGAAAAUUCGAGAAUGAUAAGAUUUUUGAAAAGUUGAGGAAGAGAAUGGAGGCCUUGGAGAUCUCUUUGAGUAGCUCCAGUAACUCUCUGGGCUAAAUGUGAGGGUCAGAGAUAUAUUUUUGGAGAAAAUUUGCAAGGCAUUAUUACAGGGUAUGAAUUUGACAUUGUGGAGGCAGUGUUUAAGGUUUAAGUUUUAGUUGGAAAUAAAGAGAGAGAUUUUUAUUUAUUUUGAUCUACGAGGAGAUUUUUGUUCAGUUGAAUAGUCAGUAAAUGACUGUGAUUAUAAACAUUACGAAAAUGAGAUGUGAUUAUGAAUGUUCCGUACCUUCGCAGGCGUGAAAGAUUUAUAUUUCUAUACGUCUGAGCACCAAAGCAUCAAGACAAGAGUAAAGUUUAAUGUUCUGUUAUUAAUGAGAAGAGUUAUAUUGAUAGGGAUUAUAAACUUUCCGAAGUGCUCUUCAUUGAAUACGUUUAUAAAAAUAAUACAAGGGAGGUAAUCCAUUAGUGUUACAACAAUCGCAGUGAGAAGAAAAGUUCAAAGUAAAUGACAAUCUUUAAUUUUUAUAUUGUUAACUGACAAUCAUUUGUACCAAAUAUAACGUUCGUUUGAACAUUAAAGGAUUUAAUAAAAGAUGAAGAAAUUAA